UGGCCUAAGUAAGCUAUAUAAAGAUAAAACAGAAAGAAAGUCAGUGAGUGCAGAGUGACAAAUGGGUGUGUGAGUCAGAGUGUGAGUUUUGGCAUUAUAUUCUCAUAUUCACAUUCGCUUCGCUGAAAUUUUGCAUGUUGGAACUGCAAUUUGAUAGGGGUUUAGGAAAGAUUGGUGGAGACUUGGAAUAGAGAAGGCACAGUUUCUCCUUUCUGUGAAGGGCCUAGGCUUCAGCUCUCCAUUUUUGUCUUUCUUUACUCUUAAGCUGCAGAUUACUCUUUUAAAGAAUCCUGGGAUACAACCAUGAACGCACUAGCAGCUACAAACAGAAACUUCAAGCUUGCUGCUAGGCUUCUCGGUCUCGACUCAAAGCUCGAAAAGAGCUUGCUCAUCCCAUUUAGAGAAAUCAAGGUUGAGUGUACCAUACCCAAAGAUGAUGGCACAUUGGCAUCCUUUGUUGGUUUCAGGGUCCAGCAUGACAAUGCAAGAGGCCCCAUGAAGGGAGGGAUCAGAUAUCAUCCUGAGGUUGACCCUGAUGAGGUAAAUGCUUUAGCACAAUUGAUGACAUGGAAGACAGCGGUUGCAAAUAUACCUUAUGGUGGAGCCAAGGGAGGGAUAGGAUGCAAUCCUGGAGAAUUAAGUAUAUCGGAAUUGGAGCGUCUUACAAGAGUUUUUACUCAAAAGAUACAUGAUCUUAUUGGCGUCCACACUGAUGUUCCCGCACCAGAUAUGGGAACAGGUCCACAGACAAUGGCAUGGAUACUAGAUGAAUAUUCUAAGUUUCAUGGCUACUCACCAGCAGUGGUAACAGGGAAACCUAUUGAUCUAGGUGGAUCUCUGGGCAGAGAUGCAGCAACGGGACGAGGCGUGCUGUAUGCAACAGAGGCCCUACUAAAUGAGUAUGGAAAGAGCAUAUCCGGCCAAAGAUUUGUCAUUCAGGGUUUUGGCAAUGUGGGGUCAUGGGCAGCCCGACUGAUAAGUGAAAGUGGAGGGAAGAUUGUAGCAAUAAGUGAUGUAACAGGUGCAAUAAAGAACACCAAUGGAAUAGAUAUUCCAAGCUUACUAAAGCAUGCAAAAGAACACAAAGGUGUGAAAGGUUUUGAAGGAGGAAAUCCAAUUGACCCCAGAUCUAUUCUGGUUGAAGAUUGUGACAUACUAAUACCAGCAGCCCUUGGAGGCGUCAUUAACAAGGAAAAUGCUAAUGAAAUCAGAGCCAACUUCAUAAUAGAAGCAGCCAAUCACCCAACAGACCCAGAGGCUGAUGAGAUAUUGGCAAGAAAAGGAGUUGUUAUUCUACCAGAUAUUUAUGCAAAUUCAGGGGGCGUUACAGUUAGCUACUUCGAGUGGGUUCAGAACAUCCAAGGUUUCAUGUGGGAGGAAGAAAAAGUAAACAAUGAGCUGAAGACAUACAUGACAAAGGGCUUCAAAGAUGUGAAGGAGAUGUGCAAGAACCAUAAUUGUGACCUUCGAAUGGGAGCUUUUACACUUGGAGUUAACCGAGUUGCCAGAGCCACAGUGCUGAGGGGUUGGGAAGCCUGAGUAGCUGCUUCUCUCAGCUCUAAAUAAAUGGGGAGACGCUCCACUCCCUCACCAUAUUGUUGCUUCUUUUUCUGCUGUAUUUUCUGCAUACAAAACUCUCCAUUUCAUAGCAGUAGUUAUUUUUAUUGAACACACAUGCAACCAUUAUUAUCUCUGCCUAAAAAUGUCAAGUACAUGGUAUGGUUUUGCUUCCUCCCAAUACAUAUUGAGAGGAAAUUUAUGAAUUGAUUUUGGAUGAGAAGGAUUCCUCUAUAGGCUUCAGCCA